AUAAAGAGUAUCCUAACUUCCUCGAUGUUGGAAACUAGAGUGGUGGAACGUGCGCGUGCUGUUUUAAAAUUGUUUACUAAACAAAUACAAAAUAAUAGACUCUAGAAUUUAUAGAGUCUCUCCGUGUGACUAGAUUAAGAUAUAGAGAAUCUUAUCUAAAGUCUACUUUAAAUAGAAGAUCGACAACUAGACUAGACUCUACCUAUUCUAGGAUCUAGAUUGACUAGAUCUACUCUACUGUCUAGGCCUACAUAACAGUUAACUGUAACUACUGAGACUGAGUAUUUAACUAGCUACUAGUCUAGUAGUAAGUCUAGUAACUAGUACUAGUGUCUAGUGUAACUAAGUCAGUCUAAGUAGUGUAACUAACUCAGUAACUGACUGAGUAAUUCUACUUUGUUUUGUAACUUUCUUUUGAACGAGUCUAGAUUAAGAUAUAGAGAAUCUUAUCUAAAGUCUACUUUAAAUAGAAGAUCGACAACUAGACUAGACUCUACCUAUUCUAGGAUCUAGAUUGACUAGAUCUACUCUACUGUCUAGGCCUACAUAACAGUUAACUGUAACUACUGAGACUGAGUAUUUAACUAGCUACUAGUCUAGUAGUAAGUCUAGUAACUAGUACUAGUGUCUAGUGUAACUAAGUCAGUCUAAGUAGUGUAACUAACUCAGUAACUGACUGAGUAAUUCUACUUUGUUUUGUAACUUUCUUUUGAACGAGUUCGUAGAUCGAAAGUAAAUCUAGAUUAGCUAGAUCUAGAUCUAUCGUCUAGAGUUACUAGAGUAUUCUAGACUGACUAGACAUCAAUAAUUUCAAUAAUCUUAGUAUUCUUAGUCUGUACUGGACUGGGAAAUUUUUAUGCAAAUGACUACACUCACUACAGGGAUGGAAAAUUGGUCACAAGAAGAAGUUAAGCUGUUGGUCCAAAAUAUUAUCAAUGCCACUAAAGACAUAAACAAGUCAUAUAAAACUGUGGAAGGAUCCAUGAAUUGGGAGAAUGUGGCGGUCAGUGAUCGGUCUGUGGAUGAGUGCCGAACCAUCUUCCAACACCUAAUAAGCAAGGUUCGUAAGUAUCGAACAAUGUCAGAAAUAUUGACUGAUGUGAUGACAGAUUUAAAACAAGAUGGCUUUAAACCUAACUCUAAGGAUGCGGUGCAUGCAGACAUGCCCAAAAAACCCAUGACUGCUUAUCUCUUAUUCGCAAAGAGACGUGGCAAAAAACUUCAUGGCAAAACAUUAGCUGAACGCUCCAUGAUUUUAAGUCAAGAAUGGAAGGCUUUGUCUGAUGAAAAAAAAGAAGCAUAUCAACAGAAGCAUCUAAGAAAGAAACAAGAGUAUGAGGAUGCAAUGAAGGCAUUUUUAAUAAACCAUCCUGAAGUGCAUGUCCAAGGUCAUUCAGUGAAGCCUCAGCUUCCAGUUCCAUCAAAGCUAUUCCAAGACUCUAAAUUACCCAAGAUACUGAGCAAACAUCCAGAGAUGUCUCAUGCUGAUGCUGUCAAAAAAUGCCAGAACAAAUAUAACACCUUGUCUGACAAAAGGAAACUCAGGUGGAUCAACAAGGCAAAGACUGCUUAUAAGGACUAUUUGUCAGAAUGUGAAGAAUAUUUAAAGAGGACUAGCAGUGGAAAUUUCAAGCCUUCUGAGUUUCACUUGACUAAAGAAGAACAAAGGAUUUUGGAUGCCUCACUAGGCAAACCUUCCUUGCCUCCCAAGAAUGUUUUCUUGUACUUCUCUCAACUGAAUAAGGAACAUACUGCCCAACUUUCCAUUGGAGAAAAGAGUAAGACUAUGUCCAAGCUGUACAAAGACUUACCUGAAAAGGAUCUGAAAGAACUGGAGGAAAGCUACAAACAGUUAGUUCAAAGCUUUGUUGAACAGUAUUCUACCUAUUAUACUAAUUUACCUGAUGAUGAGCGCAUAAAACAAGAAACUCCAGAGGAUUACUGCAAAGUCUACCAUAAAAUUCUUAAAUCAAAAGAAAAAAGUAAUGAAGCUGCAGAAUCAUCUAAACGAAAACGUAAGCAAAGUAGUUCAGAAAAAGUUGUCUCUAAAAAAGCUAAGGCUGAGGAAGAAACCAAGUCUGACGAAUCAAGUUCUGAAAGUUCUGCCGAGUCUUGCCCUAAGUUAAUGUUAUCGCCUAGCUCUUCCUCAGGAGGUAGCUCAAAACUGGAUGUUUCCAAUAACAGCAGUCGCCACACAGAGAUCACUAAACAUUCAACUAUACUUAAAUCGCCUGUUAGCAAUUCAACCCUGACAUCACCUACCUCCGCCAAGAAGAAAGAGAAAAGCAAGUAACAAAAACUGCACUCCAACUAAAUUACAUUUGUAAUGGAUGCCAUAGAGUUAGAUUUUAUAAUUAACUAAUCUUAAUGUCUUCAAAAAUUUUUAAAUGAUGUAGCAUAAACUCAAUCAUUCAACUAUUAACUUAAAAAAAUCACCAAUAAUUGUGGCUUUUUUUUUUUUACUUGGAAGGAACUUUUGUUAUUUUAAAGAUCAGAUACAAUGUUUAUAGUUGAUUUGAUUAGUUCAUUUGUUUGUUGUGUUCAUCAUAUUUAUUGUAGCGGAUACAAAAUAUUUAUAAGAUUGUACGAUGAAAUAUAUACUGAAUGUUCCUGUGAAAUCCCAUUCUUUAUCAAGGUAACAGGAAAAGUAAAUAACUAUAGUUGUUUAAGCUUAUAGGAAGUAGUCUGAUUAUAGAUCUAAAUCUCUAAUAAUAAUUUAUAUUCAAUUUUAUUUGUAUAGUAAAAUAUAAAGUGUAUGCAUGACUACAUGUUCCUUAUAGAAAUCAACAUCCUUGGAUCAAUAUUCAUGAAACUUGGCAUUGAUUGUUUGAGUAGACUAUGCUAGAACCCAUUCCUCCCUGUGACCAUGGGCAAGGCUGUGUCAUUCUGUUAGUAUACAAAUAAAAAAAUAUAACUAGUCCUACAGUUUUUAGUUGUGAAUAAAGUAAUAACAUAAAAAAAAGAAAGUUAUUGUUUGGCAUUAAAAAUGAACUUAUAAUGUCAGAGGUACAAAAAAAAUUGGGUAAUUUUUUUUAAAUCCAACAUAAAUUUUUUUUUUAAACUUAUCCUUUUUCUUAAAACAAUUUUUUUUUAAUUUUUUUUGUACAUAAAACCUGAAUACUGUACACAUGGUGUGCUAAGUGGUUGUUCUUAGCUAAAGUGUAUUUGACUAAUGUUUUUGCCUUUGAAAUAAAAUUAUUAUCACUACCAGAAUUUUUUUGAUGACAGAACUAUCUUUAUUAAAUAUUGGUGAUUAUUUUCACAUCUUAACACAAUGUAAUCAGAUGCAAUUUUCUUUUUGUCUCUAGAUGGCACUUCUCUAAAGUGUCCUUUUUUUUAAAAUUUAUACAUUUUGCAAUUGAUGUAAUUGUACUUGAUGAUAAUUGUGACUUUUCAUGUUCUCCUAUGCAAAAAUAAUUUUCACUGUGGAAAAACGCAAUAAAUGUAUAAAAUAGAAAAAGAAAAUGAUCAUACAUAUCGUUGAAUGUAUUUAAAUUGCACAUGCCUACUUGCUAAUUUUAACAAUGAAUGGUAAUGGAAUCAAUUUUAUGGGGCUUUAGCCAAUAGAAGGUUAAGAAUGAAAGUUUAUUAUUCUAUGUAACACAAAAUAUGUGUAUGUAUUUGAUUGGUAGAGACAAUAGCUCGAACAGUUCAAGUUUUAGACUUCAAUAUGUCCAUUGCAUAGUUAUGGUUUGAAAUCUUAUCAAUUUAUUGUCUUACUUUUUCUGAUAUAGUUUCUUUUUUUGUUUUGUUGUUCACGUUUUUUAUUUUAUGACUGUUAAAAGGUUUAAUUAAUGUAUGGUAAUGGUUUAUAUUAAGCCAUUUAUAGAUUGCCUUCACCCAGGUGUUCAUUUAAUUUGUUUUAUUCAAACAUUUGUAAACUGUUUCUCAUCCAGUACUGGUAUAUGUUUUAUUCAAACAUUUGUAAACUGUUUCUCAUCCAGUACUGCUAUUGACUUUGAAAUGUUAAUAAGGAGAGCUUAUUAUAAAGCAAUGGACUUUUUAUCAUUCAAACUCUCAUCCAUUUUGAAAUGCAGAUGAUCCAAUGUUUGUUUAAAGUUAUUGCUCUGCCCAUAUUAUCAAGACGAGAAGUUAUAUAAUAUGCAUCAACAAAUGAAUUUAUAAAAUUUUACGCCAUGUAGAUAUAUUUUAAAUUUAUUUAACAUGUAUCUUAUAUACAUUUUUAAAAACUACACUUGCAUACAAGUGUAUCUACACUUGCAAGUUUAUUAAUAUAAAUACUGUAAUCAAUCUUGGAAUUUGUAAGCUGUUUCAUGUAUUGACUAUUGAUCUGUUGAAAUAGUAAUUAAAAUAAAGUCUAAUAAAGUUCUUUUUUUUUAAUUGAACACAUUUCUUACACAGAUAUUGUUCCAUACAUUGUUUACAAUAUUGUUAUGAAAAAUUCUAGUAAACCUAAUUAAUUAGGGGAUACGACAAUUAGUUCACUGACAUUUCGUUCUCCCAACUAUUUGUUCAAACGACAUAUAGCUCACCGACUAACUUGUUUACCCGACAAAUUGUUCACAGGAUAGUAACAUUUUGUUAAAAUUAUAUAUUCUAGUCACAUGUUUAAUUUGUUUUAAUUAAAACUUUUGUAGCUGUCUACCACACCCAAUCUCAGAUCAAGAUGAAAUUUGGCACUAUUUCUUGUACCUUACAAAACAAGAAUCAAUUAAAAUAAUUAACCUAUUAAAUAAUUAUUUUGUUGGUAUAGAACAAGGGAAGGAAAUUGUACUUGACAUGUGGCAGUAUAAGUUGAAUGAAUCCCCUUUAUUCUUUGUGUAGAGAACUAGUUCCUCACUUACUAGUUUCAAACAAUAGGAAACUUGAAACCUUCUAUUUUCAUAAGCACUUGGCUGGCACAGUGGUUAAUGUAUUGGCUUGAGCCCACAAGUUUGAAUGAAUUCAAGUGGUACAACUUUUUACAAAAUAAAAUACAUUUAAAAGGCUAUAACGUUAAUCUUCAUCCAGUUACCCCCUUCUUUCUCCCCUCCUCCUUGCCCAACUGGCCCAGACAAGUGAUAGGAUCAUCAUAGCGCAUUGAGAAGGCUCAAAGCAUGAAGUUGCACUAAAAAAAUAAUUGGUAAAAAUACUUCUAAUCACAGAUUUAUUAUUGCUAGUCUAGGUCUAUUACAAAUUUAAUAUGGCUAAUCUAAAUUAAUUGAUACAAUUACACUUAAUACAAGCUAUGUUUCUUUUUAAAAGUAUUUUUUUUUUUAAUAAUUUGACUUCCUAUGUGUUCUUUUAAAUGUUGAAAAUAAAUAGCAAAAUUAAUAGAUUUUUGGGUGCUGCUUUACAUAAAAUUCGCUUGAUAUUUUUACAAAUGAUUUGAUUGAAUAAGAACUUCCUUAGUAUCAUAGUUCUCAGUCAUUUGUUAAACAACCAAUGAGGUUCUGGUAAAAAAAAAUCACACAUGGAAAAGAAAUAGAAAAAUAUUUUAAAGCUAUUUUAUUCAUUUUAAAGUUUGCUAUGCACAUGAAUAGGCCAAUUGAGUACAAAAGUUUUAAAAAUAUCAUCAUACUAAUUUCCAAAACAUUUUAUUUCUAUUUAGUACAAGUUUUCAUCAUCCAUAUUUAAUAAUAAACUUCUAGAGUAAUAGUGAGACAAGAAUAUUUUGAUAUAUAGUUUUCAAAAAAAAAUGUUAAGAAAAGAACCCAGCAAUGUUUUGGUAUGAUGCAACAAUUAGAUGUACCAAUUUAUUUAUUUUAGCAAGAAAAACAAGAAUUUUAGAGCACUACACAGAGUUGAAUUAUAAGAACAGUUAUGUGUAGAAAAGGUUUAAAAAUAAAUUGAAAAGAAUAUAAUUUAAGUGGCACCAAUUGCUUUGAAGAAAGAAACUCACAGGAAACUAUUAACACCAAUCCAAUAAAUUAAGAAUUUGCUUUGGAAAAAAAAAAAAAAAUUUUUACUGAUUAUAGACAACAAUGAAUCACACAGCCCUUUCUGAAUUCAAUCACACACCUUUACACAGUCCACACUUGUCAAUUAGCCUGUAAGGAGUCUAACAGUUUUUCAAUACAUUCUAUAACCUUGGUCUCUUUCAGCUGGGACUCAGGCUGCUGGCUC